UGUGUCUACAACCAACAAACAAGUUUCAAAAGAAGCCCUUUAUACCAUAUAUAUCUUUUCUCGCAGAAUUGUUAUAAACAAAGUUACCAAAAUAAUAUCAUCAAGCCAUCAAACUCUAUAUAAAAUGUCUCACGGUGAACGUAAAGGUCGACUUAAUCUGGUUAAAUUUUUGGAAUUGGCCUUUGCCACAGCAUGUUUAAUUUUGCAUUUCUAUAGUUUCAAUGAUCGCGAUAUAAUGACGGCAUUUCUGGCAACUGGCACAUUUACUGGUUAUAUCAUUGUGGUCUUGGGUGUAUUUGCUGGCGUCUUGAUGCGUGCACCGAUACACAAACGGAUCGAUAUAUUCUUUAGUGUCCUGGGCUGUGCCCUUUUUGUGGCUAGUGGCGUCUUCAUAAUCGAGGCAUGGGAGUUCUCUUUUCGUACACGCACGAGGGAUUUGGCCCUGAUCAAGGCCUCGCUGGCCAUUGUCAAUGGAGUUCUAUUUGGUUUCGAUGCUAUAUUCACAUUUCGCGAUAAGUAGGAUCGAUCAAUAUGAUCAUUUUACAAAUUAUUAAGGAAUUUUAUGAUUAUGAAAAAAACUGACGCAUUUUAUUUUGCGCAAUAAAUUAUUAUUUUUUUUUUUUGCGCUUUUUUUGUUUUGGUUUUUUUUUUUUUUGUUUUUUUUUUUUUUGCCUGUUUCAAGCAUAGUUUUAAGCGGACACCUACACAAACAUAUAUACAUACAUCAGUUUAAGUAUUUUUUUUGUUUUUCUUUUGUUUUCUAAAAUGUACAUUUUAAGCGUGUGUGUGUGUGUGUGUGUAUUUUUUCUUUGUUUUUUUUUUUUUUUAUAAAUCAAACAAAAGGGUUUAAAUGGAGCAAAGAUGGUCGCUUCAAUUAGUCGUUGACAUGG